AUGUAUUCCCCCGAGGGAGUGCUGGCUACGCCAGUACCUUCAUCUGAAGCUGAUGCGUCGUUGUUGCGAUCACCAAGACACGACAAGUCGUCGGUGCCAUGGACGAAUCGUACGGCUCCUGUCGCGACGCCACCACCGACGUCAUCACCGUCACGGGCAGUACGUACGCGUGACAAUGUUGAAUGGAAGAGAAGUGGUGUGUCACCAACGAAGCGGGAACAUCGCGACCGCAUAGACCUGCCUCGCUUUGCUGAGCCGAUGCACGCACCAUUCGAGAUCCGCCUUGAACAUGAGCCCGAUGAGCCUGUGAUGCUCAACUACCACCAUACAUUCUUGAUCGGACGCUGCAAGCGUCCCGAAAGCAUGCCCGCAGCUCUGCGCGACUCUCGCACUUUUGUAGGAGCGCGACCUCUCGCCAUGGUGAGCCUUCCGCCCAGUGCGGUUCAUGCUAGUCGUCUGCACGCUCUGAUCCGUUGGGUGCCUUUCACACAUGUGGGUGAUGGUGGCCAAGUACCUGUUGGCGCAUUCGUUUUGCGCGUCAUUGGCCAAAAUGGUCUUAUCAUCGAUGGUCGUCGAUACCAAUCAGGUCACAUUGUCCGUCUCGACGCGACGCGUACAUGGCUCGACUUCUUCGGGAUGAAAGUGUGUUUUGAAAUGCCGCACAUGCCCGGCCGAGUCGUGUCUAUGAGGCCGCAGACGACGUCAGUAUCUCCAAUGAAACGCGCGCGUGCUUCAAGUCCGGGCAUGCUCGCUGACGUGCCUUCGAGUCCAUCGCGAUGGACUGACUGGCACACGGAUGGUGAAGGCGCGACUCAUCACCAGCGUUCAUCGUUGCCAUCGCCCACAUUUUCACCAUCAGUUUUGCGCUCGCAGUCAUCAUCGCCAUCACCGUUGCCCUCGUCACCUGUCAUGUCCCCAUCACACUCACAUUCGCAUCCGCACACCCUGCCGACAUCGUGUCAGGAGGUGCCUGCGUACGCGCCAGCAUCGGCCUCGCCAGCGCAAACGGCGAAGCGCCAUGUGGAUCAGGAUGGAACGUCAUUGCUUGGAACCACGUCCGCGCACAUGCCUGAAUGCAUGCCCAAGUCACAAGAACAAGGGCCAGUACCUGCAUCCUCGACUGCGAAAGCUGUCUUGCUCAAGGAAGCUAGUGAGUCUGAAGAUGAAUCGCAGCAGGAGGAUCAAGCCAAGGCAACGUGUGUGUCUCGUUCCAACCAGCCCAGCAAGUCUCUCGACACAGCUCGAUCACUUGUGGCACGUUUAGCACCAACGUACGACCUAGCUGGUCUGCUGGCUGGAGCGAUUGUGUUUCAUCGUACUGCGACUAUAUCUGCGAGUGAGGCAGUCCGGAGUGUGCUUGCAUCGAAUCCCUCCAUGCUACGUGGGGAAGCGGGUGCGUGUGCUGUCGCCUACAGUCCGUCCAAGAGCCGUCUGUGGACGGAGGAUGAAUCCAGUGCGUUCCCAGCGUAUGGCGAGCAAAUUAAGGGAUGGUUCCCCACUUCCGACUCGCGCUGGUCGUCUCUGACGCGACAUGCAUGGUAUGAGAGACUAGAUGAAGAGCUGCAGCGUGCACCUAUGUUUGGCGUGAUCCAGCGGCCUGGAAAAGACACUCGCGGUGACCCACUCGAGUGCUGGUACUACUAUGACAAGGACAAUGACCCCGACAUUGAGCGAGCGCAAAACUUGGGUGCCUUUGUAAAACCCAUGCGCAACGCUGUGCGCAGCCAGAAGCCCAUUUUUUGGAAAAAGAGCGAAUACGGUCGUGCUACGAGCCACAAUGGCGCUGUUGGCGCGGACGACGACAAGGUGCCGUACUCGCCUCGCGGGUCCAGCGGCAGUGAUGGCGAGUCGACCAAACGGAGCCGCAAGAGCGAUCGAAUCGAUACAACAUUGGAGGAACCGGAGAAGACAUGGGACCGCCUGGGUGAUCAGCCAUGGUCGUCCACCUCUUCACGGCCGAGAAAAAAGCGCUCUGUGGCCAAGGAGGCAUUGUAA